AUGCUAUCAAUCUGUUUAUAUCUAUCUAUCUAUCUAUCUAUCUAUCUAUCUAUCUAUCUGUCUGUCUGUCGGAAUGUACUUUUAUAUUUUCUGUUUUCCAUUCUUUCUUUUUUUCUCUCUUUUUCUUUUAAAUUUUGUUGUUUUAAUUUUUCCAUAUUUUACAUACUUUCUCAUCUAUCUAUCUACCUAUCUAUCUAUCUAUCUAUCUAUCUAUCUAUCUAUCUAUCUAUCAAUACUGUUCAUAUCUAUCUAUACUGUUCAUAUCUAUCUAUCUAUUUAUCUAUCUAUGUAUCAAAUACUGUUCAUAUCUAUCUAUCUAUCUAUCUAUCUAUCAAAUACUGUUCAUAUCUAUCUAUCUAUCUAUCUAUCAAAUACUGUUCAUAUCUAUCUAUCAAUAUUGUUCAUAUCUAUCUAGCAAAUACUGUUCAUAUCUAUCUAUCUAUCUAUCUAUCUAUAUAUAUAUAUAUAUAUAUAUAUAUAUAUCAAUACUGUUCAUAUCUAUCUAUCUAUCUAUAA